UAAAUAUAGACGAAGGCAGAAACAAGCAGAAAUCGCUAAUUAGGCGAGUGAGACAAAACCAUGAGGUCUGUAGUAUCACUGGUUGUGAUUCCACUCAUCCUUUUAUUAUUUGGGUAUAAUACACUGGACAAGGUAUCAGCUCAAGGACGAGUUCCUACUAAUUCCAAAAAUGUUGGAAAAUCUAAAAUUCCAGAAAUUACCUCAGUGGAACUGGUUCUGUCUGUCAGAGACUGGAAUGAAGCAGUGAUCACAAGAAAUAGUGAAGCAUCACUGGAGCUUUUGGAUGAAUAUUGUCAGGAUGUGAAGGAUGUGGUGAAGAUUAUGGAACCGAGACUGAGUUCAGUCGUCUUAUCAUGUGAAAUCCCAUUACAUCUGAAUCAAAAUGUCACAGGACUCGAUGUCACAAUACACCUUAUGAUGUCGUCCAUUGAAGUCGAGAAUGCGUUCUCCUCGAAAAACUGGUUCAGAUCAUUUAAACAAUCAGUGAAACCUGGAGCGAUUCAAAUUAAUGAUAAAUGGCCAACGGCUAUUGUGUCAGUAACGAAAAAGGAAUGGAAAAAUGCAGAAUACACACUGUCCUACACUGUGUCAUCUAAAGAACUCCACACUGAUUGGUGCAACGAGUUGGAGGACCAGGUGUCACAUCUCUACCCUGGGUUGCAAGAAACAGUUGAGAAGUGUUCAUUUAUUAAGUCGAAGAAAGCAAUCCAGUUGAAAGUAUCACAUGAGAAACUCUUAGAAAAGGGUUAUCUUAGUUCACGUAGUGUUCUCUUUUGGCGUUUCCUAUUUGGUGUUACUGAAGUACAGUUAGCUAAUGUAGAGUCAGAGAUUCUCGUAGCUGAAAUAAACCUUUCAGUUAAACCGUUGGUAAUUGGAGACUACGACAAAUCAGACCAUCGAUUCUUAGAAAUCUUAGACAACCUCUGCGAAGAUGUCAAAGAAGUAUUGAAGAGAAUAGAGCCAACAUUUAACUCAAUUCCAAUGUCAUGUGAUAUCCCCGAGUUGGAUCCAUAUCGACUAAAUACUUCUAGCAACAUUAUGGUACUACUGGCAAUGUCACAUAGUCAAAUGCAACAGGCACUUCCGUCGGAAGAUUGGUUUGGAAGUUUAAAAGUAUCCCUUGAAACUGCAAGUAUAUUAAAAAGUGAUAAAUGGAUAACUGAUAUCAUUUCAUUUGAUGAACCACCAAACCUCGUCAAAGGUGUAUUUGACAUCCAUCUACGAGAAUCUAAGAAUGCAAAUCUCACAGAAUUAUGCAACAAACAUAAACAAACACUAUCAAAAGUGUAUACAGGAAUUGAUAAAGCAGUAGUUGCCUGUUUUGGGGGCAUAGACAAAACUGCAGUAAUAAUGCGACUGUCAUCAACUGAACUAGUGAAGAUUGGCUAUUAUAGUCAAUAUAAUACCCUCAGUCUGCGCAUCAAUGAUGCUUUGUCAGUGACGGAGUUGACACAAACACAACCGGUCACAGAUGAGUCAGAAAACACUCAGUCACAUGGAACUGAUGAACAGUUGACUACCACGCGUCAAUUCAAGCCAACACCAGAAACACAACUGGUCACAGAUGAGUCACAAAGCACUCAGUCACAUGGAACUGAUGAACAGUUGACUACCACGCGUCAAUUCGAACCAACAACACCAGAAACACAACUGGUCACAGAUGAGUCACAAAGCACUCAGUCACAUGGAACUGAUGAACAGUUGACUACCACGCGUCAAUUCGAACCAACAACACCAGAUGAGAAGAAGUCCUCCAACCACAUCAAUUUAGCGAUGACCUGGAAUCUUCAGACAAUCAUAAUUUUGAGUUUACUUAUCAUGAUAAUUUCAUUUCCAAUGAUUUCAUUGUCAUUCUGGAGAUGUCACUGAAACAAUUCUCAAAAAAUGGAAAUUUUAUUUGACUUUCAUCAGUUUACAAUUUUAUCACAUUGUUUGUGUGUCUGAGUGUGUGUGUGUGUGUGGAUGUGGGUGUGUACGCCUUAACGAUAUUUACAUCGUUGAGUCUACCUACUAAGACUUCCAUUUUUGUUGUUCCUCAGUUUUCUAUUAUUUGACCCUUAGUUGUGAAAUAUUUUUUGUUUACUCUCAUUUUAAUGACAAUCUUUCAUUUCCCAUUAAUUUCGUUUUCUCAUAAUUCACUGUAAUAUUGUGUCUGUGAGAUAUUUCAUAAUAUUUUACAUUCAACUUUGAUAUACGUGUGUGUUCAGUGUUAUCAGAACACAAAUAUUAUAAUAUUUGAUAUUAGUUUUUCAUGGACGAUUCCUUAGGGUCUCCAUACUAUUCAAUAUAUACUUAAUCAGCCUA